CUAUUUUCUAUUUUCUAUUUUCCAUUUUCCAGUAGAGAGAGAUUCCGAUUGGUAGCGGGGACAUCCGGAUCUAAUCUAAUCACGUGCUUGACGUCAGCGAUCGUUUUGUUUAAUAGACCACUCUCACCUAGCAACCUAUUGCUCUGCUUCAUAUUCUGACCUUUUCCUUUACCAUGUCACCGUUCAGCUCUGUGUGCCAUUCUUCUGACCAGGCUGACCUUCAGAUUGACCAGCGUCUCAUCCAUGCUCUACCACCGCCGGAUCGUCCAAGCCCGCUCACAGCCGUUUGUCCACGGCCAAUACCCAAUUCUUACUGGGCUACACCCUUGCUCUUAGCUUGCGAGUACCCAUGGUCACCAAAGAACCCAGGCAGGUCCAAGCUCGAUUCAUUGCUCAAGGCUGGCGUCCGGACCUUUAUAAACCUUACAGAGAAUGGCGAGUUGUCUCCGUAUGCCAAUGUCCUGUGCGGACGAGCAGAUAUAUUGGGUAUUGACACUGCCACCAUCGAAUACCACCAUUUCCCCAUACGAGACAGGUCCCUCCCGGAGAGCGUGGACUACAUGUAUCGUGUGCUGGAUGUCAUCAGGGACAACGAGGACCGUGGUCGAAUCAGUGCAGUCCAUUGUCGUGGCGGUAUAGGAAGGACCGGUAUGGUGAUUGGGUGCUGGCUCGUUCAAAGCGGACUUGCCGGGGAUGGUGACGAGGCCCUGCAGAUUAUUGCCAAGGAAUGGUGCACCGUCGAAAAAUGCACCAGGUUUCCCCACAGUCCCGAAACGGGAGCCCAGUUCGAGUUUGUGAAGAACUUUAGGGCAAUGGCGGUCCACGCGACGGCAUAGAGAGAUAAUCGUGCUUGGCCUUAUUUCCUUGGGUUGGAUACCAUCUACUUUGGUUCUAUUUGGACAUAUACUCUAUCCAUUUCACUGUACAUAUACACAUCGUCGCUAAUUCCGCCAUCAUGUAUUGCACUGAGCGUAGAAGUAGACAAAGCACCUAUUUUAAUUUAUGGAAACGAGAUAUUGGUGAAAUAUCUUUGCAGUGGGAUCGUGACCGUUACAAACAUUUA